GCAUGCCUCAACCGACGAAAUAUAUUCAAAAUACUCGUGAUUCAACAAAAAGUGUACCAAGCACUCCCAUCCCCAUUUCAGCAUCAACUUCGCCGGAAACACACUGGUCCGAUACAACUACGUACAAUCUUUCUGUGACGACUCACACUUCUCAGCAGGGCAGUAAUACUUUGAUUAGCACGAUACUUCCAAUUGUAAUCGCCGUAGUCGUGGCCGCAUUGCUGGGAGGACUUCUGUUUAUUUGGUGUCGCUACAGGAAGAAAAGACGAAAUUCGUCAGUCGGAAGUGCACAACCUACUCAUAGAACAGGCGAUGAAAGACACAUGACUGAAAAUGUGAUUUACGAGAGUUCUUCUCCACACACAAAUGAUAAUCAACCUGCAGCAAUGAUGGUUGAUAAUAUCAUUUAUGGGCAGACGAUUGUGUAAUACUUAGAAAGACAGGCAAUAAAAACUGAAACUUGCUUUUGAGUCAAACACAGUUAUUUAGAACAGUGGUUCUCAAACGGUUAGGGG